AUGGCACAUUGGGCAGACAUAACAGAUCCAUAUCGCCAUUUUGAAUCCGAAGUACCCGCCAGGGCUCUGAAGGAGCCAGUCUUACGCUGCGCCAUAUUUGCAUUCUCAUCACGGCAUCUGAAUCGACAAAAGGAUAGUGAUACAGCUGAGGCUUUACAGUAUCACAACGAGUGUGUGCAGCUGUUGAUACCAGCACUCUCUGAGACAGAGCAAAUUACCGAGGAUGUUCUCGCCGCUGUAGCAAUACUCCGCCAGCAUGAAGAAAUGGAUGGCGAGGAUCACCAGUUCCAUCUCACAGGAACAACACACAUUCUCAAUUCGGUACAAAGCUUCGGCUCAUCAGGUGGCCUCGGCGAGGCAGCAGCCUGGCUAUGUCUACGUCAAGAUAUCUAUGUGUCCUUGACUACUCAAAGGCCCUUACGAACUAACCUGCUGAACUUUCAUGGCUCGGAUAUCUUCAACAGAAACGACGAUUUUGCCUGGUCCAGCAGAAUGGUAUUCUUGCUCGCGAAGGUCCUUCAAAGCUCCGUUUCUGAUGUAUGUCCGGACACCGCGAUUAGGGAGGAGGUGGAAGAUUGGUAUACUUCAAAACCGUAUACUUUUGAGCCAGUGAGAAUGGUAGCACGUGGAUCCGAAAUUGAUCAACGAUUCCCCACCAUUUGGAUGCUUUUGCCAGUUCAUGUCAUUGGUCUACAGUACUACCACAUUGCAAAGAUUGUGCUAGCUCUAUCAGCAUCAUCUCCAAUAAAGUCUGCCUACGAAAGUUUCCGUCAGACUCGACAAACAGAAAGAAACAUUCGUUAUCACCUACUUUGCAUUUUAGGCCUAGCCCAGUCAAACUCCCGUGCAGAGAACACUCUAUUUACCGCGAGACAUAGUUUGGUAGCAUGGGGCUGGGUUCUACGGCAUCACAGCGAUCAGAAAGCAGCAGAGUAUCUAUUGCAUGACAUGCAUGAAAGGACUGGGUGGAACAUGGAUGCUUUGAUCAGAUCACUCCGCCAGCAAUGGCAGGACGAUGAUGAAAGCAGCGGAUACUGAUUAGUUUUCACAUGAAAUGUCUCAUCCGCCUUUCAAUCCACUCUUAGAUCAACAUGAUAGAGGCUUUCUCAAGAUCGGCCCCCUAAACGCCAGAGGUCAAAGGACAUCGUAAGUGGACUGUGCAACGUAGGAAAAUGUAAAGUAAAACAUAAGGAUUGAGUUUCUCUCCGUGUCAAUUGGAGGAUUUGUAGUUACGAUCGGGAUCCAAUGUUUAGGUUUGAGAAUGAUACAUGUACAAGUCGUAGCUGUGCUAUCCGCGCAAAUAGGAUCAGUUGCGGAACAGACGCAAUCCACCUUCCUCACGAUCCUCAUCGGACUCAGCGUCACUGGCACUCUCGUCUCCUUCACCCAGUAAGCCACUUGCUGAUUUACCCAGCAAGGAAGCGAAGAAUUCAUCCCGGGCUCGGAUUGUCCACGAGCCACGGUCCUCGGGGGCCAUGAAAUUCUGCAACUUCUCAUGCACAUUGAAACGCAUUUUACGGCCCUUUGAGGCUCGUGUAUCAACGCCUUCUUUCCUGUUUUUGUCGUUGCGCAUACCAGUAAUGGGGUGAAUUGGCAGGCGAGAGGGGAGCUGGUGGAGGGUAUCAAGGCCACCGGUCAUGGCUUCGGAGGAAGACAUGCGUUGCUCGACAAGGUCGCGAAGGAGAGAUUGAUAGAAAACGGUGUCAUCAUAGACGGGUUCAGCAAGUCCGCUAGAUGUUGAGCCAUUGGAGACAGUUGUUUGGCGUGCACGUUUGUUCGCACGAUCACCAAUCUCUGUAGCAACAUGCGCAUCAAGGACGGCGGUGAUUGUCUGAGUACCAGAAGCAGAGCCAAGCAGCUUUCCGCGGGCAUUGGGAAGGGAGGUCGCGGUGCCGCGAACCUUGGAAGACCACUUGUCGAGAACGGCUCGACGGUGGAGAAGGGACUCGGACUCCAGGUUGGACAUGCGCUCCCAGAGGGAGGUAGUCGAAGUGGAAUUGGUGAUAAGAUCUUGGCGCUUGCGCUUUUUAGCUCCGUCCUUAGAGUGGGCAUCGGCAAGAGCAAUGCGCAGUUCUUCCAGAGUAGACCAAAGGGCAAGGGCGGCAUUUUCAGCAGACUUGAUCGCCUCCGAAUUUCUCUUUUCUUCACCAUUCUCGCCCUCUUCUACUUCCUCUUCCCCAACCACAACCACCAUCUCGUUCAUCGCUCCCAAGCCCUUUUGCAGCUUGAUCCUACUGUUCAAUAGUGCAUCGAACGUGGUACGUUGCUCCUUGACGGCCUUGCCUUUUGCCGCAUCUGCUUUGGCAGCUUGUGAGAUGGUUGCAGCAAUGGUCUUCUGAUCUGACGCCAUCAAUCGCCGCAGCUCAUCUCGAUCAGUAUCCCCUUGCUUCGGCCCACUGCGAUCAUAAAUAGCCCCGCGGUUACCCCUCGUGGUCGACUCUUCGACAGGUUCGACUUCUUGGUCAUCUUCCUGCUCGUCGUCAUCAUACGAGUCCUCACUGCUAUCAUCCUCGUACUGGUCACCGUGCGAAUUCUCGCUUUCCUCAUCCGCCUCCGCGAGCUCCAUAGGUUGCGGUGAUUCCCCAUCGCUCUGUGACUCUGUCCUCUGGAGUUCAGACCCCGAGGCGGAGUCGCCAUCAUCGUCUUGAUCGGACGAGACCUCAUCGUCGGUACGUGCCGCAAACGGAUCAUCGUCACUAUCAGCCUCCAGGUCAUCUCUGCUAACACGAGCGCCGGCGUAUUGCUUUCCCAGAUCAACGGGCUCUUGCUUUCGGAGUUUU